AUGUCGAACUCAAAUGCCCCAUAAGACGUUGAGCUCCUGAAAUCCGAUAUAGCAUCAUUUGCUUCCUCUCUUGGCUUCACCGCCAAUUCUUCCCUUCCUUAUUCAGGCUUCAACGAUGUUGAUUUUCGAAAAGAUGGUCCCCUUAAACCUCCAAAGCCUCCAAAAAACCCGAGCUCUCAACUUUAGAAGAAACCUACCGAUACCCAAACCCUAAAAACUGAUAAAAACACGAAAAACAACCAAAGACCAAAGCCCAAUCCUCCAGUUCUGUCUCUUGAAGACGGAAACCAGAGUAAUAGGUUCUCUAGAGAGCCUGAUAAGUUCAAGAAUUUGCCAGCUUUGCCUUUGGUGAAAGCGAGUGCUUUGAGUGCGUGGUACGAGGAUGAAUCGGAGUUGGAAAAGAAAGUGUUUGGAGAGGAGGGGAAAGGGAAAAAGGCUGUAGAUGAGAACGUGGAGGAGCUGAAGAGGUUAGUCGAGAAGAAGAGGGAACUUGGGGGAAGAUUGAUGUGGCAGUACGCUAAAGAUUAUGAAUCAUCGAAAGGAAUAUGGGAUAUGAAAAUGGUUUUGGCUAGUCAGAGGUCAGGGACUGCUGCUGAUAAAGUUUCUGCCUUUUCAUUCUUGGUUGCGGAUAAUCCUGUUGCUAAUUUGAAGUCGCUUGAUGGGCUUUUGGGGUUAGUAACAUCAAAAGUAGGAAAGCGGUAUGCAUUUGCUGGAUUCGAAGCUUUAAAAGAACUUUUUAUUUCAAAGUUAUUGCCUGAUCGAAAGCUGAAAACACUCUUACAACGUCCUGUGAACGAGCUUCCAGAGACAAAAGAUGGAUAUUCCCUUCUUCUUUUCUGGUAUUGGGAGGACUGCUUGAAGCAGAGGUAUGAGCGUUUUGUUAAUGCAGUUGAGGAGGCAUCGAGAGAUAUGUUACUGGCUUUGAAAGAUAAGGCACUAAAGACCAUGUAUGCACUGCUAAAGAGAAAACCGGAGCAAGAACGUAAGCUGCUAUCUUCUCUAAUUAACAAACUUGGAGAUCCUCAAAGUAAGGGUGCAUCAAAUGCAGACUUUUAUUUAUCAAACCUUCUAUCAGAUCACCCUAAUAUGAAGGCUGUGGUUAUUGAUGAAGUGGAUACUUUCCUUUUUCGGCCUCAUUUAAGACUACGUGCCAAGUACCAUGCUGUCAAUUUUUUGAGCCAAAUUCGUUUGUCACACAGAGGAAACGGGCCAAGGGUAGCAAGUGGUGAUGGGUUAUUCUCAGUGAAAUCGUGCAGGAAAGCUCUUGGUAAGGAAGUUGGGGGUAUUGAGUUGUGGUCAAAAGGGGUGUGGUUGGGUUUGUCUCCGCCUCGCGUAGAAGCCUUCCUAUGGCAGUUAGCUCAUCAGAAGGUUGCAGUUAAAAUGGAGUUAGUUAAAAGAGGAAUGUCCUUAGAAGAAGAUGUACUCUGUCCUUUUUGCAAGGAACAUGAGGAAACUGUGCAACACUUAUUCAUUUCGUGUUUUGUAGUUUGGGAACUAUGGAAUAAACUAGCAAGCUUCUGGGACUUGUCUAUUGUGCUACCACAGGACCCUCCUUCCUUAUUUAAUUCGUGGGGGAGUUUGAGGUUAUCUAAAUGGUUCCUAGCCAAGUAUCCUAAAUUCCCUAUCCAGGAAGAUCUGCUAAUUGGGGAUCCAUCACUAGCUGAUGGUAUUUCUGUUCCUAAACCUAAAGAUUAUGAUGUCAUUAGCUGGCUUCCUCCACCUGUUGAUUUCUUAAAGAUGAAUGUUGAUGGAGCUGUUAGGUUAAAAGACUCGAUUGGAGGUAUUGGAGGCAUUUUAAGGGACUGGAAUUGCUGCACUCUACUGACUUUUUCUGAGAAUAUUGGUCAAGGUCCCCCACCAGUUGCAGAGUUAAAGGCUAUUAAAAGAGGCAUCGAAAUUUUUUUAGCUUCAAGAUGGUCUGCUGCUAGUAGAUUGGUUGUUGAGAGUGAUUGUAAGUCGGCAGUGGAGUGGAUUCACACCCCGUCUUUGGCACCAGUUUUCAUGUUGCCUCUGGUUAGAGAAAUUCUGUUGAUCCUUUCGGGAAAGGUUCUUGAAGUAGCAGAAGUGGUUAAGUCUUAUGUAAAAGCAUCUGCUGAAAGGGUCAACUAUGAGGGAGUUUGGGGAAAGAAGAGAUUUUAUAUUUUGCAAUUUCAGGUACUGAUUUCUGAGGCAGGAAAAAGUCAGCAACCAGAAAAAGAAAACAAAGCAGUAAAAAAUUCUCAUAGGUCAAAGGAGAACAAGAGAAAAGGUAGUGGAGAAUCACAUGUUGAAUUGGAUUCAAGGCUUCUGUCUGCUCUCCUUAUGGGAGUUAAUCGAGCAUUUCCUUAUGUUUCAAGCAACGAAGCUGAUGACAUAGUUGAUAUAGAAACGCCAAUUCUCUUCCAACUGGUUCAUUCCAAGAACUUUAAUGUAGGAGUCCAAGCACUAAUGCUUCUUGAUAAGAUAUCUUCGAAGAAUCAGGUUGUCAGUGACCGAUUUUACCGUGCCUUGUACUCAAAACUCUUACUUCCUGCUGCUAUGAAUUCGUCUAAGGCGGAAAUGUUUAUCGGACUUCUUUUGAGAGCCAUGAAAAGCGACGUCAAUUUGAAACGCGUGUCUGCCUUUUCAAAACGUAUAUUGCAGGUUGCACUUCAACAACCUCCCCAGUAUGCCUGUGGCUGCCUUUUCCUUAUAUCAGAAGUCCUCAAAGCAAGGCCACAAUUAUGGAAUUCCAUGCUCCAGAAUGAGUCAGUUGAUGAAGAUCUUGAACAUUUUGAAGAUAUUGUAGAGGAAACUGUUACCAAACCUAGCUUGGCAUCAAAGAAGGAAGAAAAUAACAUUGAUAUCCAUGUUGGUGAAGCUGCCAAUAGUGGUUCUUCAGAUGAUGAAGGUGUUUUGCCAUCUUAUUCUGAUGACGAUGUUUCGGAAGAUGCAGAUGAGUUGAUUAUUAAAGAGACUCCGAAGGAUCUCCAUGUACAGGAACUCAAGACAAAAUCCGAUCAAAACUCAUCAAAACCUCCAAAACCCACUACCAAGUCUUUCUUGCCUGGGGGAUAUGAUCCCAGGCACAGGGAACCUUCUUAUAGCAAUGCUGAUCGUGCAAGCUGGUGGGAACUGAUGGUACUUUCGACACAUGCUCACCCUUCAGUUGCCACCAUGGCUUCAACUCUUCUGUCCGGGGUCAAUAUUAUUUACAAUGGCAACCCAUUGAAUGACCUGUCACUUACCGCCUUUCUAUACAAGUUCAUGGAAAAGAAACCAAAAACAAGCUCAUGGCAUGGUGGAUCCCAAAUCGAGCCUGCCAAAAAGCUUGAUAUGAACAACCAUUUGAUUGGGCAAGAGAUUCUGUCGUUAGAGGAAACAGAUGUUCCUCCAGAAGAUCUCGUCUUCCACAAAUUUUAUUUGAACAAAAUGCAUUCCUCAAAAAAACCAAAGAAGAAGAAGAAGAAAGCUGCAGGGGAAGAAGCUGCUGAAGAUUUUGAUGUUGGUGGCAAUGAAAUGGAUGAUGAUUAUGUGGAUGGUGAUGAUGAAAGUGACAAUGAAGAGAUCGAAAAUUUGUUGGACGCAACCAAUCCUUCUGUAGAUUCAGAUGGGGACUAUGACUAUGAUGAUCUAGACCGUGUUGCUGAUGAAGAUGAUCAGUUGAUAGGCGAUGACAGUGAUGCAGAGAUGGAUCUACCCUCGGACUAUGCUGAUGGAAAGGAUUUCGAUGCUGAUGCCGGAAGUGAGCAGAUCGAUGAUGGUGGUGAUGAUCUCAUCGCUCUUGGAGACACAGAUGAUCUUAGUGAUGAUGAGGGUGAGUUUCAUCAAAGAAAAAGGAAACGGAAGUCUGGUAAAAAGACUUCAGCUUCUCCCUUUGCUAGUCUUGAAGACUAUGAGCAUUUGCUAAAUGAGGACAGUCUCACCGAGGAAGAACCGAUGAAGACAAAAAAGUCCAAACCCGGGAAAAAGAAGUCCGAGAAAGAAUCCAUGAGUACGGAAAAGUACAAACCCAGGAAAAAGAGGUCCGAGAAAGAAUCCGCAAGUGCAAAAAGGUCCAAACCUGGGAAAAAUAAGUAAUCUAAGUAACUCCUGCCUUACCCCGCUUAUUCGAAAUCUCACGGUAUAACAUUGUGAAUGUUUGUUUAAUUUUGCGCAUGCCUCGGAACUCAUAGGCAUGCCUCACACCGGACAGAUUAAUGAACAAAUAUUCUCACCUUUUUAGUAUCGGAAUUGAAGCUAAAUCCGGUAAAUGAUUCCAUAUUCCAGUAUUUGUGGCAUCUUCUGGAGGCAAAUAUCAGUGAAUUGAAGGAUGGGAAUUGUUCAAGUUACAAAAUUUUGUUUUAUUGUCUUCUACAAUGAAAUACUUUUAUUGUUUUCUCAUACUUGAACAUGUCUUGAUGG